GAAGAUGAACUACGCCGCAGCCUUCAUUCAUCAUGCCGGCUGUUCUUUAUUCAUCACCAACAUCGUUUUCAAUGAUGCACCAACGUCACAUCGAAACAAGGUCGUAUGCCAGGGGGAGGUUCCAACAAGCGCCCCGCUGAGCCUGCACGAAAUAUUUGCUGACAGCCCCUCACGUAGAGAAAAAUCUCCUCGCCGGCACCGACGCAGCGGAAAGGUACUUGAAGCCAAUAUGGGCGGCAGAGACAGGGUGCAUUGCCGAAAAGCGUUAAACCCACUCGAUGGGCACGACCGGGGACACGCAUAUGCUGAUUGGACUGACGAGCUGCACACAAAAUGUAGCCCUAAGGAGUUCUCGAUCCUUCAGGUGGGACAGCGGUUUCGUCUCGAUUGUUGCGCCUUUUUGGAUGGCUGCUUGGUUAAACACAUACAAAACCUACGGCACAUGGGUCUAGAUAAAUCGCUUAUUGAAAAAUAACUCUCGUCUCGCAAAGCCUACGGUACUUCUGGAGAGGGAAACUCGUGAGACAGCCUUACGGGCUUCAAACAGCAGAGUC